CGGACGCAGUACUUUAGCAGGCCAUUUUGUCUGCGUUUUAGGGACAUCUGGCAACAAUGUUCGGUUUUCAGCAACCUUGAAUAAGUGAGCAUUUUGUGAAUGGUUGAUGUUUGUGACUGUUUGUAAGGUUGUAUUUUGGUGGUUCUGUCAAGUUCACAAGUUUGUGUCGAAUUCUCGCAAUCAGGAAGAUAAAUACUGUGCCCUAAUUGAUAUGGUUUAGUGCGGGUCGCGGUGCCAUCAUCUGAGCAUGUCCACCCUGGACUCGAGCGGCUCCUCGGGCUACCAGCACCCAGCGCACGCGCGGCCGGCGCCGCCCGCCGGUCCGCCCUGGUACAGCUCCGGACCGCCGCCGACACCGCCGUCACCCGUGCCCAGCAUGCCCUACUCUGGCCUGAUCCCCCCGGCGCGUGUACCUCACGUGGUCCGCGCCGGCGGCAGCGCCGGUCCGCCGCCGCCGGCCGCGCCGCCGCCGCCGCCGCCCGCCAGCAGUAGUCACAGUCACAGUCACGCGGCCGCCGCCCAGGAGGCCGUCCUCUGGCCCUACCGCGGCCACUGUGCCAGCUUCCACAACUUCUGCUACUACUUCUUGCAAAUCUUCUUCAUCGGCGCUGCCAUGUCGGGCGUGGCCCUGGUGCUCGCCGACGCGUUCUUCCGACAGCGCUGGCCUCACGUGCACGGUCUUCUCUUCAUCGGCGUACUUCUCGUCUUCGUCUCCGCCGUGAUGCUAUUCGUGCUGUGUCAGCGCGGCGCGGGGGUGCGCGGCGCGGCGGAGAAUCAUGUCGCCAAGGAGGGCGGCGCGCGCGUGCCGGAGGCGAUACCUCUCCGCGACGUGCCGGCGGUGUACGUGCAGCCGGGCCUGGCGACGCUGCGGAGACAGCAGCCGGGCGGCGGAGUGCCCGUACCGGAGCCGUACGCCGAGAGCGAGUAUAGUCACCCGUGGGAUCAGGUGACCGGCAUCAGUAGCAGGCCAGAUAUGAGUGAGGUCUGCUCCAUGGGAACCCUCAACAGCCGAGGGCGGCCGCCCGGACCCCGGCACUGGCAAUGACGUCAGACGUGACGUCAUACUCACACAGUACAGUGACGGCGUAUAGGGCGCAGUGACGUCACACAGGCGGCCUGUGACGUCACACGGACGGCACACAAUGCACCGGACCGUGGACGUCAUUCUUGUCAAGCACAGCGCUGUGACGUAAUACGUACGGCACUGUGACGUCAUAGAUGGUUUCCGUGACGUCAUAUCGGCCAGUUACACUGUGCGGCGCCCUCCCUCUCUCCUCAGAAGGGUUCCGUUCUGUUGCCAUCGGUGCUCUGUAGCCAUUGGGGGAGGGCUGAACGGCCAUAUUUGAGAUCUGCUGACGUGGGGUCGUCGGAAGGGUCACUCGGAUCUGAUGAGCUUUAUACGGGAGGCGUGAGCGAGCUUUUCUCAGAUAUUUAUGUGGAUUUAUUUGGUGGCACGUGCCGUGUUUAUGCCGUUGUUCCUUGCUGUGUUGUCGAAGAGCGUUUUAUACGUAAAACGGCUCUGCCAAAAGGGUGUUUUCUGUGUGUAUUUUGUUGUGACGUCAUGUAUGAAUGAUUCGUUGGGUAUUGUAUUCGAUACGUUUGCGCAGACGUGUUUGUGGUGUAUUCAGUGUUGCGCGAUUGUCUCCUAGGUUCACGUCAGUCCCGGUUAUAUUUGUGUAGGGACGUCGACCGCGGUGUUCGCUCCGCGCUCUGUGGGAAAUGGAGAUGGGCGCUGUGGUCCGGAGUCCCUUAACCCUCGCCCGCACAUGCCAUUUUCCCAUCCUAGAACGCACAUGGGGGGGGUGGUUGCCACCCCCCCCGCGCCAUUUCGUUCCUGUUGGAGAUAGAGCUUAGCGGUAAAGACCAAAAAGAUUCUUUGGGAAGAGACGAAUCCAAUGAUACCCAGUUUUACCUUCUCAUGUCAGUCAUUGACCUUCCAGGUCAGGUCAAACUAAAAAAUGUUGCUGUUUUGGGUCACCGUUGGAUAUCAAGUGCGCUGCUUAUCAAAUACCGAUGACGAUGCUGUUUUCUGGUGCCAAGCCAGCUAGAACUUCUUUGUCGCUCUACCCGACCAGAAUUUUGCUGCUGAGGUCAUUUCAGGUCAAGUUAGGUCAAGGUCAAUUAUAUGUGUUUGUAUGUGUGUGUGUGUCUGUGUGUAUACUGAUGUGUGCACCGAUUGUUUUUGGGUCCAUAUUACAUGAAAUCAUGAUCUGAGAAGCUUUUACCAAAAAUGCAGUCAAAAAACUUCACAAAAAGUAAAUUCAGCUUGCCUAAAACGCAAUUAUCUUAGAUGACCUAGGUUGACCUUGACCCUGACCUUGACCCCUGUACAUCGUCGAACAACAUGUUCCAUGAUAGGUGGGAGGUAAGACUGGCAAAAAGGCCGAAAUCAGGGUGUCAAAAGCUCACAAGGCCCAUGGCAAACGCAAGAUGUUGAGAAUUGGCCAUUUGGGUCAUGACAUGACCUGAAAAACAAGGUCAUAUCUCCGAAACCAAAAAUCACAGAAACUUGAAAUUUUCAGUGGACAUCAAGAAAGGAUAGAGGAGCAGCUAUACGAAAAAUCAGCCUUCUAGCUCUAAAAAUGUUGAGUGCAGAGCAGAAAGACUACCUGGGGGGGGUGGCAACCACCCCCCCCAUGUGCGGGCGAGGGUUAAUCUGAUCACGAAGGUUGUUGAGGCCAGUACGAUCAUCUCUUCAGCUUGGACGUGACUGGACCCUGGAUCGUGGCCGUGUGCAAUGUCCCGCUCGACUGUCCGAUUGACAAUUUCUUUGGGUGUAUUCUGGGUGUAGCGGGUCGCGGCACACUUGUGGGUGCAGCCAGUGGGUGCAAGGGAGUGCCGAUAUGCCUCCAUAACACCGACGUGAACUAAAAGUGGGGGUUUUCGUGUCAAAUAGGUAUUGCACAAGGCACAAAUCUGUAACCACCGCAGUUGAAAGCAUCGCACAUUUCUUACCGCUGGCUGUUUUUGUCGAAAUGUUCGCGAAGCUGUGCUUCACGAGGUACUCACAAAUGUUAUCGAUUGAAGCUUAGGGUCAUUGCACAAUAGCGGGCUUAUGAGCGUAUUUGUGUUGAAUCAUAUCAAAACGGUGUUCUCUGAGGUUCUGCGCGUUUUGUAGCGGUGUGUGAACGUGCUAUGUGUUCGCUUGUGUCUCCUGCCGCGGCGGAUCUCGUUAGCGCUGAAUUGUCGGCAGAAUGUCGACGAAUUCGGCGCGUCUUGCCAACCGGUGCCGCUUGGCUUGACCUGUUCCUAAUGCUAGGUACGUAUGUGCGCGAGUAAUCGCUUUGGAGUUUGUGUGUGGAAUGCUAGGGUCACAUAUGUAUGAAUGUGUGUAUUUAAACUGGAUUAUAAUGCAGUAAUAAACGGAAUAUUUUAUCAAACA